UUGGACUCCUGUACAACUUUUUUUUUUCCCCUUCUUUUGUGUGUGUGUGUGUGUGUGUGUGUAUACGUGGAGGAAGUCAUGGAAUUAAUCCGAGUUGGACGCGCUCAAUUUAAGGGAUUAAACAGCGUGGACACAUCAGCAUGGUUGAAACAUCACAAGAACGAGUCUGCAGGAGAGGAGACUACAAAUAGCUGCUAGGCUCUUUAAGGGAACCCUGACGGUGGGGAGGUAGUAGACAGGCAGAACCCAUUAAGAGGCAGACUCAGGCGCUCCUACAGCCAACAGAAUGAGGAUCAAAUACGCCAUACCCAUCGUCUUCUUCGUGGCGCUCGUUAUCAUCGAGAAGGAAAACAACAUUAUCUCAAGGGUGUCGGAUAAACUGGCCUUGAAGCAGACCCCUCAGGCUCCGAUACACACCAGCAGAUCUGGGAACGCCCUGCCAAAGCGCAAUGUUUCAGUCACCUCCCUGGGCAAGCCUAGCUCAGCCUUCACGCUGAUGAAGCGGCACCUGGAGAAAUACAGCGAGCAUCAGCAGGCGGCGGCAGCGGUUACGAACGGCAGGAAAGACAUUCUCCUUCUGGCCACCACCAGGACUGGUUCCUCCUUUGUGGGGGAGUUUUUUAACCAGCAGGGCGAUAACAUGUUUUACCUCUACGAGCCGCUGUGGCAUGUGGAGAAGAUGCUGACGCUGGAGACGGGCGGCACCAACGCCACAGCCACCGCCAAAGCGUACUGCGACGUGCUUCGGCAGCUCUUCCUGUGUGACUUCUCACUGUUGGAGAGGUUCAUUGAACCCCUCCCAGUGGAUCACAUCACUGCCUCGCUCUUCCGCAGAGAGUCGAGCAGCUCACUGUGCAGGGAGGUGGUCUGCAGCCCCUUCGUCAAAGGGGUCUAUGAGCGCUACCGCUGUAGGAACAUGCGCUGCGGGCCCCUCAACCUGACCAUGGCUUCCGAGUCCUGCCUGCUGAAGGAGCACAGAGCCAUCAAGGUGGUGAGGGUGCGCCAGCUGGAAACUCUCCGUCCUCUGGCUGAGGACCCACGUCUCGAUGUGAAAUUUAUCCAGCUGGUUCGGGAUCCUCGCGCCGUGCUCUCCUCCCGUAUGGUGGCCUUCCCUGGCAAAUACAAAACCUGGAGCAAUUGGUUUAUGAAUUCGGACGUGCUCAUCGACGACAACGAGGUGAAGAAGCUGAAGAGCAACUGCGACAACAUCAGGAUGUCGGUGGAGCUCGGCCUCAGGCAGCCGGUGUGGCUGCACGACCGCUACAUGCUGGUGCGCUACGAGGACGUCGCCCGCUUACCCAUGAAGAAGGCGUCUGAGAUAUACAAAUUCACCGGGAUCCCGUUCACGCCGCAGGUCAAUGACUGGAUCCUGAAGAGCACGCAGGCCUCUAAGGAGACCAGAGGAAUUUACUCUACGCAAAAGAACUCCGCCGAGCAAGUGGAGAAGUGGCGCUUCAGUUUGCCCUUCAAGGCAGUCCAGUUGGUCCAGAAGGUCUGCGGGUCCACGCUGAAACUCUUCGGGUACAAAUUUGUGACGAGUGAAGAGAUGCUAAGAGACAAGUCUAUCAGCUUGAUAGAAGAUUUUUUGUAGACCCUGAUGGACAAAAUGUUAUAUUUAUUAGGCUCUUUUUUAAUUCUGAUAUUUAACACGGUUUUACUUUGUUUUACUAUUUAAAAUAGCCAGAGGAAUCGAUUUAGUGUUGACCACAAGAAGCAUAUUUAAAAGGAAGCACAGCAUGUGAAAAGCUUGCUUUGUUUUUUUGCACUCGGGACCAUUUUAUCAUUCACAUUCACACAAACAUAAACUGGCUUGUUGAGUUGUACCUCUGAGCAAAUAGAAGCAUUCCUAAAAGAGAAAGUCAAUGGGGGGGGCAGUAAACAUUAACAGGUCGGCUCUGGGAAACUCCACUAACUGUUUCCAGUUCCUGAGUUGGCAACCAAAGAAACGCCAAAAGAAAGGGUAGCUUAAUAAAAAUAAAGGAAAAAAAAUGCAGGAAAAGGCUAUUUCCACCAAUAUUCAGUCACUCCAGUGUCCUCAGCGUUCCUCAUUUGCUGGUUGAUGUUCAUGCAUAUUGCUAACUGUUUGAAGUGGUUGUAGCGACUGUAAGGACCAAUUUGGUGAAACCAGAUGUUUAGAUUUCUGCCCAAACGCAAACAUUCCGGACCCUGCAGCUGGUUUGCAGAUCGGUGCGACAUUUGUUUGCGAGUCUCAUGUCUGUUGACACAAGUUUCUUGACGGCUGAUAAAGAGACGCCGAGAAAGAGUGAGGCCUUGAUACCGUAGUCAGCGCCACCCGACCUUUCAGGUUGUUUCUCUCUACGUUGCUCACAAUAAACCAGCGUUGACACCGACUUGUGAGUCCUGUCAUUCUGUCGAGGACGCAGGGUUAGUGCCACAUCGUUAUGUUGGUUUAUGACCUGGUUUGGAAGCGUUAUCGCUUAACUCUUAUCAUUGGGCAAUGACGCUGUAAAAGGAAGUGCACAAACACUGUACAAGAGGCAGACGAGAAGAAAAAAAAAGUGCUAUGCAGUGCAAAGUAAGGCCGCUUCACAACCGCUAAAAAUACCAAUGACUAUUUUCCUCUUACUCAUUUUGUUAUGUUUCUGUCUGAGUGAUACCUAGAUACUCUCAAUUUUUCCGCAAGUGACUAUCUUUAGUUGGGCACUGUAGCUUACGAUCCGCUGUUAACUAUCACCACAGCCAUUAGUGAUCUGGACCUUUGUCUGCAUCAUCUUGAGGUUUACCGUCCUGCCGUCUCCGGGGUCAACCCACCAAGCAGCCUCGCCUGCAUAUCGGACCUGUACCGGAAUCUUCCAUUAGAUUGCUGUUCGCUGUCAAGAUCGCCAUUUAUCAGCUGGUAGCCAAUGCUAUCUACUCCUAUGCUAACUUGGCGCACCUAACACACUCACCCUUUUAAUUACCUUCAUGAGUUAUUAUUACUGUCAUUGGGUUCCUUGAAGGCUGCUGUAUAAAUCUAAGCUAUUUUUAUUAUUAUUGUUAUUGUAAGAGGAUUUUUUUUAUAUUGAUACCUGUAUGUACUGUAUAUGGACCUAAUGUAUUACAUGUCUGGGGGACUAUAUUACAGGGAUGGUACUGGCGGAAGGAUAUGUGGUGAGGUGCCGAAGUGUAAUGAGGGGUGAGACGGUGGUGUUCGUGCCCUGAAGCUGAGUGGGUGAAUAAAGUUUCCUCCCCGAGUGCUGUUUUUCCACCCAUGACCUUUGAUUUGGAGGAGAGACCUCGCUUGCUCAAGGGCACCUCGGCAGUCGUCAGGAAGCAGAUCAGCAUCCCUCCAACUCCUUGUUGCCAUAUUUUGUCUGCAGUGGGACGCGAACUGUGGAGUGAGCAAAAGUUCGGGUGAGCGAGGAAGAUGAGGAUCUGUCAUCACCCCCCCCCCCCAAAAAAAAUCCCCCCCGCCCCCCCAAAAUUGGUCCACACGUGGCUGUCAGCACAUUUUAAUCAUCGUCCAGCCAGGUCCUCCCUAUGACCUACUUUCCCAUGCAAACUUUAAUCUUGAUCUGAAAAGGUCAGUUUCAUACAUCAGAUGGGAGUAAAGUUGUGAAAACAGAACAUUUCAUCUACAUGGUGCCCAUAACAAGCUACAUUUUGCUCUUAAAAUGUCCUACACUACACUGCCCCCCCAAAAUAAGAAUAAAUACAUUUUAUUUUACUUUUUUUAAAAUGAUAAAUCAAAGAAAAAUAAAUAUUCCAAACAUUUGGUUUUCAAUUUUUUGAAUGAAAUCCUACUAAAUUUCCAUGUGUUUAGCAUUACCUCCAUUUUAUGGCUUAUGAGCAAAUUUCAGGCCUCUUUACAUUUUAAUUGAUUACCCCUUGUUAAUGGUAUUUAUUUUAACAAUAAAUCUAAAAAAAAAAAAUAAUCCAAUAAAUGUACAAAAAUGUUUUCUACAAAAAUUUCCCCAUUGUUUUUGUAUGAAAUCCUACUAAAUUUCCAUGAGCUUUGCAUUAACUCCAUUUUAUGGCGAUUUUAUUUUAUGAUCAAAUUUCAGGCGUCUUUAUAUUUUAAUUGAAUACCCAUUCUUAAAGGUGCUUAUUUCAUUGGUAGAUCUAAAAAAAAAAAAAAAAAGUCAGUCUCUACGAUUAAUUCUUUUGUACGAAAUCUUACUAAAUUUCCAUUAAUUUCACAUUGUCUCACUUUUAUGGUUUUCUUCGGACCAGCUUAAUAAAAUUUUCUAAGAGAUGUAUGGAAAUAAAGUUGUUCUUUGGUUAUAUAAUCGUGGAGUCGAGACCGUCAAACACAAAGUGUCCAUAGCACCAUCUUUGGUAUUGUUGUAAAACUGAACCCUAACAACGGAAAUGCUAAAGGCUUGCACAAAACGAGUCUAAACGCCAGUUUGGGACCGACGGGGGCUUGACGAGACCAUCUUGCCGAGCCUCCACGAUAAAUCACGCGGCGAAAAGAAGGCCGAGGCCUUUAUGGGGCGGCGCCAGCAGUAUAUUGACUGCACAUCAUUGCAGGCCUGCUGUUGCCAGCCGCAUUGUAAAUCCCCUUUCGGAAAGAUAUAUUGCGCCUGCCUCUCGUUCUACCUGGAGCACACGAUGGACUCUUAAACAAAGUCCAGUGUGAUGCACGCGUAACAGCAGAUAGAGUCUGUAUCGUUUUGAAAUGAUCUUACCCUUCUCUUGGGAGCGAAGCAUCCCACCGCCUGCUCACCCGACAUGCAAGGAAGUGGCCGGCGUGGUCACCCGUCAGGACAAAAAGCAGUUCCCCCUUGUUCCAAAAAGAGAGAGAGCAGAAAAGAAGAGAUGAGGAAACAAAGCUGAAUUGAAGACGGGCCCCCUCAAACUUGCUGCUUGGCGGGACACGAGGAGUCUCUUAGGACAUUCUUAGUGCCAAAACAAACAAACAAAAAUUGGAUACUAACAUUUAGUUAUCAAUAAUUGUCUCAAACUGUCCUUGAUUUUCUGCUUGAUAUGUCAACUCUUCACUAGUUUAGUCCAAAAUCGUACAAAAAAGUUGAGCACACGUAUUGUUCUUACUGGACUGUUUUCAGUGGUCAAAGAAGAAAAUGCUAAUCAUUUCCUUUCUUUCUUUCUUUCUUUUUUAAACAACAUUUUAGCACAAAUUGUUGCUUUAAGUGGCUCGCACGUAAACCUACAACCCCAAAAGGCGACGUUAGAUAAGUUAAGGACUCGGUCUUGUUCCUACUGGACUAGUUUGUAAAUCAUGCUGAGUUGGGAACAUCCUAUUUUGUCAUUAAAACAAAUAUGAUAGCUUUUUAAAUUACAUUAUUUUCCAAAUUUUUCAAUUUCAUACAAUUUGCAAGUUUUUUAUUUUAACUUGAAUUUAUUAUUAUUAUCAUUGCUAAUUUGACAUUUUGCCCUGUAUUUACUCGACUUACCACUCUUUAGCUGCAUAGCAUUAUGGGUGUUGACAAUUAUUUUCAUUGCAUUCAGAAAGAGAAAUUUGUAAGAUUUGUACUAAUUCUGGCGUAUAUUUUUUUUGUACAAAAUCAUACUAAAUUCUCAUAAAAACAACCCUGGAGUUUGGCGGUGGUGCAAUCAUUCGAAUAAGAGUUUUAAAACUCAAUUUCUCGACUUAAAUAUUAUUAACUAUCAGUAUUAAACCAAUCAAAAAGGCACCUUUAGCUGCGACUGUAUUGUUAAAUAAAAAAUAAAAGCUUAAAUGCUAAUAGCGGAAGACCCGUUUGAGACUCAUUAAUUACAACAGUUCUUUUAAUUGGAUGCUAUGAAUAUGUAUGGAGUGUGACUUUGGCAUAUUCAUAUCUAUGGCGCAAUAAAAUUAUAUGUAUGUAAUUGGGCAGAGACAUGUCAACAGCAAUAGAAAAUGUGAUUUUAUUUUAAAAAUGCACAAAUUGAGGGUGGGAAAUUAAGCGAUUACUCUUAUUUACAUGGGCACAUUUUCCAUUCGUUCCCUUUCAUAUUCCUGUUCCCGGUUAUGCUUCACGGAACGUCCUAUUGUGGAGGCGCUGAAUGGGAGACCGACGGGAGAGCGCCACGUCCGCUUCCGUUAAUUAGAGCUGAUUGCGUCUCCCGGAGUCAAAGUUGGAGGAUUGGGAAGAAAAUAAAAGGGAGACCCUGGAUGAAAAGACUGUCUGUACUUUUAACAUGCAUGCCAGGCCAGGAGUCGAAGAUUUCAGAGGCGGCCAGCGUCAAUAAUUCAACUAUUGGUUUUAAAUAUUGAUUUUUAACAGCACAGUAGAAGCUCUGUCUGAACGUUCUGAACUCCUGUUUCCACGGUGGUUGAGCAGCGUAAUGCAGUUCCGAGUUGUGCCAUUGUGCGGAUGUAGCCCAGCUUCACGAGUGACAAUUACAACAUUCUCUCGUUUGAGUUCGGUUAUAAUGAUGACGGACGCUUACAACACUUUCCCGUUUUACUUCUGUGACGAUGACGAUGGACAGUUCCGACAUUUUCUCAUUUUGUUCCUGCGAUGAUACGACAGUUGCAUUUUCUCGUUUUCUAUGAAAAGGGACUGUUACAAUAUUUUCUUGGUUUUAAAGUGUAUUUCUGCGAUGACAGUUUUAUCUUCGCGUUUAAAUUUUGUGCUUAAUGAUGAUAUUUUAUCAUUUUAAUUCGGUGAUAAUGAUGAGGGACAGUUUCAUUUUGUUUAUAAUUUUGAUUUCUGUGAUGACAGACAGUCAUUUUUUUUUGUUUUUAAAAUGUAUUUCUGUGAUGAUGGACAGUUAUAACAUUUUCUCGUUAAAAUUUUGCGCUAAUGAUGAUAGAUAGACAGUGAUAAUCAUGAAAGAUGUUUCUAAAUUUUGUUUUUGUUUUUAAGUUUGAGUUCUGUUAUGGACACUUACAUUUUCUCAUUUCACUGCGAUGAUGAUGAUGACCAACAUUUACAACAUAUCAUUCCCCCCCCCGUGAUAGACAGUUAUGACAUUUAGUCAUUUUAUUUCCAAUGAUGAUGGACAGUUAUGUCAUUUUUAGUUUUCCCCCUGUCUCAUUUCAUUGACAAACAGUUAAAUUUUCUUGUUUUACUUCUGUGCGAAUGGACAGUUGUGACAUUUUCUCCUUUUUUUCCCCGUUUUAAUUCUAGAAUGAUGAUUAUGGACAGUUACGACAUUGUCCCGUUUCCUAAUUCUACUUUUGUGACGAUGAAUACUAAUGACAUUUUCUUGUUCUUCAGCUUUCUUACCCGUAUGUUGUUUUCUCAUUUUAUUUCUCUGAUGUUGACGGUUUAAUUCCGUAAAAAGGAAAUGGGACAGUUAAGAAACGUUCCUGUUUUUAAAGUGUAUUUCUGCGAUAAUUUUGUCAUUUUGCGUCUGUGAUAAUGAACAGUUAUAAAAUGG